UACAGAGAGAGGGAGAGACAAGCCACGAUCCGCCAUAGCUGUAGAGAUCCCCACAGGAGGAAAAAGUGAGAGGAGAAAAGGCUUCGUAAGACCCCUAAACCAUGCCUUCGGGUGCUAAGAAGAGGAAAGCUGCCAAGAAAAAGAAGGAACAAGCUGCCCAUCAAACCACCAUCGCCACCAAAUCAAACCGCGGAAACGAUGAUCCGAGAAGCCAAGAAGAGAGGGAGAUUGAUCAUAGCUUCAAUUCGCCAGCAUCUCAAACUGUGAAAGAAGCUUCUGUGAUCAGCGGGGAAGACACAAUCAAAAUCGAAAAGGAACCGGAACCCGAAGAGAGCAUAGAGAUAACUGAUUCAAGCCCUGAACAGGACAAGAACUCUAGCAGCAGCAGCAGUAGCACCAGCAGCAGAAGCCAUAGCGGCUCAGAUGAUGAAUCUCGGGAAACUGAGAAGAGAGAUGAUACAGAGGUAGAUGAAGUAAUUUUGAAAUCUCUGUCAAAACAAGCCAUCUUGGUUGGUGGAAAUGCUCCAUGUUCAGUUCCUAGUGCUAAUACCAUUAUAGAAGAUACUGGUCCAGUGCAAGCAAUGGUUGCUGCGCCCAACUCAAGGGAACAUAUUCAAAUGGAGAAUAUAUCAGAGAAAGCUUCUGUAGUCUCAGUUGUUGAUACAGUGGUCUCAAAUGAGGAUGAAGAGAAAUCGUUGCCUAUUGCAAAUGAGAAUUCCACCAAAGAUGUUUCAGGCGCAAUUGACUCUGACGCCAAAGAAGACGCGGGCAAAACAUUACCUGUGUCUGACCCUAUUCCCGAAACCAAUGGUGUUCCUGAAGGCCUCAAAGUACCAGAGGUUUCCAUGUCUCAUCAGAAAGAAGUUCCGGUGCCAUCACCCCUCAGGAUCGGGCAAAGAACCUCAUGGUUAAGUUGCUGUGGCUUGUUUGAUGUGAUAACAGGGUCCAGAGUAUAAACUGAGAAUCAUCCGUUAUUGCGGUUUGAGGAGCUUGGAUUCUCUCUGUAGGUGGAAAUUCAGAGACUUGAUAAAGACCCAUUUCAUCCAAGAACGCAAAAAGCACCUUCGUAGCGGUAAAAAGGGCGAUGCAGCUGUCUACUACGAGUCCCGUCUUCAGUUUGAUCCUUCUCACAUUGCCCUGUUCUUGUCUUUUUUACUUGGGCUCUGUAAGGUUUGAGACCUUAUUUGGUGAACUUAUAUACAAAACUAGAUUAUAUCCCCAUGCAUGAUCGUGGGUUAUAUCAAAUCUUUUUUUAUUUAUUUUAUUUAAUGGACUCCUGUUAUUUUGUUUU